AUGUGGAUUAGGAAAAAAUAUCCACAGGAAGUUGAUCUGGAAUCUAAUCAGUAUAAUAAUAAUGAUGAUGAUAAAUCUGCUAUAUUAGCUGGAAAAUUUAAAGAAAUAAUUAAUACAUUUAUUUCGACAAUUGAUAAAGAAAUUCGGUAUAAUUUUAAAAAUACAAGACUUGAUGUGGCGAAGAAACUUUCUAAAAAUAUUGUUUAUGAAUUUAAAAUAAAUAUAAAUACACUUAUUCUAAUGAUUGGUAAAGAAUUUAAAUAUUUUAAACAUUAUAAAUAUAUGGGCCUUAUUACUAUAGAUGAUACAGAUAUUAAAUCUGGUAAACUUAAAAUUAUUUUUUACAAGUUUAUUCAAAAUGAUUUUCAAACUAUUAAAAUAGAUGUGGAUGGCCCAAUAAUAUCAGAGGAUUCUUAUAAAGUUCUGAGUCCUGCUAUAGAUAACACGACAAAUACUCAAGAGAGUUCUUGUGAUAGUAAUCUUUUAUUUUUAGAAUUUACUAUGUCUAUUGCUAAAGAAAUA